GGAGUAGAUAGUGGAAGAUGGUUUCACUUUUGCAUUUAUUCUUUUUAAUUGUAUUCAAUGCAGUGAGAUUUCAGUGGAGGGUAGUGGCUCUGGGUGUCUUAAAUUGCUGGAGAACUUACCUCUUUGAAUUUGUUUAAAGCUAAAUUUUGUGAUGAACUCAGCCAUUGUUUUAAAUGCAGCAAACUAAAGAGGGUAAACUGACUGAAUUUUCAGAAAGCCGGAAGGAAGGAAUUUUUACAUUGCCUUUUCUUUACAGGAUGAUCUACUACCUGGACCCUUCUGUUCUUUCAGGUGUCUCUUGUUUUGUCAUGUUCAUGUGUUUGGCUGACUAUCUUGUUCCUGCUCUUGCUCCUCGAAUUUUUGGCUCUAAUAAAUGGACCACAGAACAACAGCAAAGAUUCCAUGAAAUUUGCAGCAACCUAGUAAAAACUCGUCGCAGAAUUAUUGGCUGGUGGAAACGUAUCUUCACACUGAAGGAAGAAAAGCCUAAAAUGUACUUCAUGACCAUGCUCUGUUCUCUUGCUGGGAUUGCUUGGGUAGGACAGCAAGUUCAUAAUCUGUUCCUCACCUACCUUAUUGUGAGUUUUCUAUUGCUGUUUCCUGGAUUAAACCAACAUGGAAUCAUUACAAAGUAUGUUGGAAUGGCAAAAAGGGAAAUUAACAAACUUCUCAAGCAAAAGGAGAAGAAAAAUGAAUGAAGCAUCACUGGCUAAUUAAUCUACAGCAUAAGGUGUCCCUGGGAACAGUUUCUAGAAUUUAUGUAUACUUAAUGUUAUAGAAGCAGUUAUUUUGCUCCUUGGCUCUAAUUUAAAAUUGGGUCCCUAUUCAGCAGAAAUGCUAUUCUUACAACAGCUGUAUUUCAUGUUUGCUCUGGUAGUGACAUAGUUUUGUGUCCGACUGCUGAUCGUAUCUAGGAAAAUCCUAUUUUAUACAAUGAGAAGCAGCCCUGAACUUGGUAUAAAUGCCAUACAAGUGGCAAGUCUCUUACGCACAUACUAAAGCACAAGAAUUGGCACUUUUGUAGUGUAUGGAUAGUAUUCUCAUCAUGAAGUAUCCCCUUUGCGAAGUUAGUAGUGCUUCCCCACCAUCAAUAUGCUACUGAUCAGUGGUGGCAGAUAGUAGCAAAGUAUGUGAUUUAAGAACUAGUUAAUUUGCAUAGAGACUUCCGCUACUGAUUCUAGUGGGAAGAGACCAAUUACCAUUCUUCAUUCCCAUUCAAUUCAUUCUGCGCAAGUGCCUGCAGAAAUAUGGCUGAAAGUGAAUCUGUUGCCUAGCUAAAGUAAUUUGUUUCUGUUGGCUAGCAUAGUCAGUUGAAUAAACCAUGGAUUAUUUCUGACAAAUAGGGCUCCUGAACACUUAAAUUGUGAAUUUAGUCACUAGCUGUAGUAAUGUUACUGUCAAUUCAUUGCACUGAAACUAUGUUGAAAGUGGACUAGGGUAUAAUUACCCUAACAGUCAAUUAUUUUGAAAACUGCUGUAAUGGAGUCAUGUAACCUGUCUGGUUUUAUAUAUGUUGUCUGUUCAUAGAUGUAGUAGCUGUAUCUGUCUCGUGUAAAUAAGCCUCUUCUGAGCUAUGACUUCAGUUUUUAAAAGCAUACUUCUAUUUCCUCAAGUAAAAAGCUGAAAGAUGUGUUAACAUAUCAAGGCAUCUUAAAAGUUGAACAUUGUUUUAAAAUGAUCCCUGUCUUAACUGUAAAACAGGUAAAUCAUGUUACCUUUUAGUUUAAAAUAUAGACUUGAGAACUGUU